AUGCUCUCCCCGAACGCCCCAGAGCGUUGCGAUGCUCUCCCCGGACGCCCCGGAGCGUCGCGAUGCUCUCCUCGGACGCCCCAGAGCGUCGCGAUGCUCUCCCCGGACGCCCCAGAGCGUCGCGAUGGUCUCCCGAGCCGCCCCGGAGCGUCGCGAUGCUCUCCUUGGACGCCCCAGAGCGUCGCGAUGCUCUUCCUGGCCGCCCCAGAGCGUCGCGAUGCUCUCCUCGGACGCCCCAGAGCGUCGCGAUGCUCUCCCCGGACGCCCCAGAGCGUCGCGAUGGUCUCCCGAGCCGCCCCGGAGCGUCGCGAUGCUCUCCUUGGACGCCCCAGAGCGUCGCGAUGCUCUUCCUGGCCGCCCCAGAGCGUCGCGAUGCUCUCCCCGAACGCCCCAGAGCGUUGCGAUGCUCUCCCCGGACGCCCCGGAGCGUCGCGAUGCUCUCCCCGGACGCCCCAGAGCGUCGCGAUGCUCUCCCCGGACGCCCCAGAGCGUCGCGAUGCUCUCCCCAGCCGCCCCGGAGCGUCGCCAUGCUCUCCCCAGACGCCCCGGAGCGUCGCGAUGCUCUCCCCGGACGCCCUAGAGCGUCGUGAUGCUCUCCCCGGACGCCCCAGAGCGUUGGGAUGCUCUCCCCGGACGCCCCAGAGCGUCGCGAUGCUCUCCCCAGCCGCCCCGGAGCGUCGCGAUGCCCUCCCAGGACGCCCCAGAGUGUCGCGAUGCUCUCCCCGAACGCCCCAGAGCGUUGCGAUGCUCUCCCCGGACGCCCCGGAGCGUCGCGAUGCUCUCCCCGGACGCCCUGGAGCGUCGCGAUGCUCUCCCCGGACGCCUCGGAGCAUCGCGAUGCUCUCCCCGGACGCCCCAGAGCGUCGCGAUGCUCUCCCCAGCCGCCCCGGAGCGUCGCCAUGCUCUCCCCAGACGCCCCCGAGCAUCGCGAUGCUCUCCCCAGACGCCCCAGAGCGUCGCGAUGCUCUCCCCGGACGCCCUAGAGCGUUCAUCGCGAUGCUUUCCCCGGACGCCCCAGAGCGUCGCGAUGCUCUCCCCAGCCGCCCCGGAGCGUCGCGAUGCUCUCCGUGGACGCCCAAGAGCGUCGCGAUGCUCUCCGCGGACGCCCCAGAGCGUCGCAAUGCUCUCCCCGGCCGACCCGGAGCGAGGCGAUGCUCUCCCCAGCCGCCCCGGAGCGUCGCGUUGCUCUCCCAGGACGCCCCAGAGCGUCGCGAUGAUCUCCUCGAACGCUCCAGAGCGUCGCGAUGCUCUCCCCGGACGCUUCGGAGCGUCGCGAUGCUCUCUUUGGCCGCCCCAGAGCGUCGCGAUGCUUUCCCCGAAGGCCCUAGAGCGUCACGAUGCUCUCCCCGAACGCCCCAGAGCGUUGCGAUGCUCUCCCCGGACGCCCCGGAGCGUCGCGAUGCUCUCCUCGGACGCCCCAGAGCGUCGCGAUGCUCUCCCCGGACGCCCCAGAGCGUCGCGAUGGUCUCCCGAGCCGCCCCGGAGCGUCGCGAUGCUCUCCUUGGACGCCCCAGAGCGUCGCGAUGCUCUUCCUGGCCGCCCCAGAGCGUCGCGAUGCUCUCCCCGAACGCCCCAGAGCGUUGCGAUGCUCUCCCCGGACGCCCCGGAGCGUCGCGAUGCUCUCCCCGGACGCCCCAGAGCGUCGCGAUGCUCUCCCCGGACGCCCCAGAGCGUCGCGAUGCUCUCCCCAGCCGCCCCGGAGCGUCGCCAUGCUCUCCCCAGACGCCCCGGAGCGUCGCGAUGCUCUCCCCGGACGCCCUAGAGCGUCGUGAUGCUCUCCCCGGACGCCCCAGAGCGUUGGGAUGCUCUCCCCGGACGCCCCAGAGCGUCGCGAUGCUCUCCCCAGCCGCCCCGGAGCGUCGCGAUGCCCUCCCAGGACGCCCCAGAGUGUCGCGAUGCUCUCCCCGGACGCCCCAGAGCGUCGCGAUGCUCUCCCCGGCCGCCCCAGAGCGUCGCGAUGCUCUCCCAGGACGCCCCAGAGCGUCGCGAUGCUCUCCCCGGCCGCCCCGGAGCGUCGCGAUGCUCUCCCUGGACGCCCCUAAGCGUCGCGAUGCUCUCCCCGGACGCCCCAGAGCGUCGCGACGCUCUCCCCAGCUGCCCCGGAGCGUCGCGAUGCUCUCCCCAGCCGCCCCGAAGCGUCGAGAUGCUCUCCCUGGACGCCCCGAAACGUCGCGAUGCUCUCCCCGGACGCCCCGGAGCGUCGCGAUGCUCUCCCCAGACGCCCCGGAGCGUCGCGAUGCUCUCCCCGGACGCCCCGGAGCGUCGCGAUGCUCUCCCCGGACGCCCCAGAGCGUCACGAUGCUCUCCCCGGACGCCCCAGAGCGUCGCGAUGCUCUCCCCGGACGCCACAGAGCGUCGCGAUGCUCUCCCCGGCCGCCCCGGAGCGUCGCGAUGCUCUCCACGGACGCCCCGGAGCGUGGCGAUGCUCUCCGCGGACGCCCCGGAGCGUCGCGAUGCUCUCCUCGGACGCCCUGGAGCGUCGCGAUGCUCUCCCCGGACGCCUCGGAGCAUCGCGAUGCUCUCCCCGGACGCCCCAGAGCGUCGCGAUGCUCUCCCCAGCCGCCCUGGAGCGUCGCCAUGCUCUCCCCAGACGCCCCAGAGCAUCGCGAUGCUCUCCCCAGACGCCCCGGAGCGUCGCGAUGCUCUCCCCGGACGCCCUAG